ACAUCCUGCAACUGAGCAUAUAACACUGCGAUGCAAGAAGCAUUAGGCAUAAGUCAGUUGUAUUCACUAAUUGCGGAAGCUGACAACGAUGCCUAGAUCUUUCUUAGUUAAAUCCGUCAAAAAAACGCACGCUGAUGCUCUAAGUAAUCUGCAACGCAACGAAAACAAUAGAAAAAACGAAGAGUCGUUUACAAGUUUACAAUGCGCAGAUGUCAAGCAUGGAAAUAUAGAAGACACUCAAGAGAGCAUGUUAAAACACUCGCACUCCAUCCUCCCCGAACAGCACGCUAAUGGAGUUUAUGAAAAAUCUGCGUUCACGAAAUUCCCAUCAAUCAACGUGACGACAUACCUUCAAGAUAAUAAUGCCCGCAUCGACAAUAGAUUCCCCACAUUCUUGAAGGACCUUUACUGCACUAUUCCUAAUGCGGCUGACCGCUGGUCAAACGAACUGCAAGUUCUCAACUACGUGAAGAAAAAUAUACAAAUCCUUCCACGCGAGAAAUCCGACAUGUCCUUGAAUUUAGAGUACAAAUGUGUGAAAUGCCACAAGGGCUUCAAUACUCCACAUGGUUUAGAGGUUCAUGUUAGAAGAACACAUUCAGGUAAACGUCCCUAUGAAUGUCACAUUUGCAAGAAAACAUUUGGACACAGGGUGAGCCUGCAACAACAUGUUAACAUACAUAAUAAUGAAAAAAUGUUUUCGUGUAAACAAUGCAAUAAAACAUUCAAAAGAUCCUCAACACUAUCCACGCAUAUGUUGAUCCAUUCUGACACGCGCCCGUUUCCCUGCGAGUAUUGUGGAAAGCGGUUUCAUCAGAAGAGCGACAUGAAGAAACAUACGUAUAUUCAUACAGGGGAAAAGCCUCAUGUUUGUCGAGAAUGUGGGAAAGCGUUCAGUCAAUCCUCAAAUCUCAUCACUCACAGUCGUAAACACACAGGCCACAAACCUUUUGUUUGCAAUAUUUGCUCAAGAGCAUUUUAUAGAAAGGUUGAUUUAAGGCGACAUUCGUUCACUCAUGAUACGCCAGCCAAGAGAGGAAAAUCUGUUUCAUAGUAAUUCAUCAGCUCUAUAAAGAAAAGCAAGUGACAGACUCCAAUCUGAAACAAAAUAUUGACCACCGAACAGGGUAGAUUAGAACGAAGAAUGUAGACGUUAUGUCUGAAAACCCCCCCAUAAAAUUCUCAUAUCAAUUACAUACCAAAAAAUGAUGACUAUAAAAAUAUUAAUCGUGAUAAAAAAAUUUGAAAAAUGUCUAGUUAAAAUAUA